AUGGCUUCAUGGGCACCCCAACAACAGAGUCUUCAGGAGGUCCUGCAGAUGCUUCACAAAUCCACCGACAUGAAUGUAGCUGUUCAACGGGCUAUCACCCACAAACUAAACAACUUUAUUCGCGCGCCCGAGUACAUUGCCUAUCUGGCAUAUAUUCUAACGGACAUGCCACAAGAAGAGAACCGAAUCCGCACCAUCGCUGGCUACCUCCUCAAGAACAAUGCCCGCCUCAUCCUGACUUCGACCCCAGAAAUCGCUCAAUAUGUCAAGGCGGCGGUCCUCCAAGCGUUUACCGACGAGUCGGUCAUGAUUCGCAAUGCGGCAGCUUGUACUGAACAAUCCAAGACUAAUGUGCUUCUCUACACAAAGGCCGCCUUUAAUGUUCUCGAAAAGGCAUGCGAGGACUACCCCGGAAAAAUGGACGUUGAGAUCAACGGCACCCGCCCCCUCGAUUUCAUGAUCCCGAAAUUCCUCAUGCUGGCCAACCACCCAUCUGCCAAGAUGCGCUCCCCAUGCGGUCGCCUGUUUAUCGCCUUGGUCCUCCUACUUGCGGCCCGACCGGAGAAACUCAUGCCAGAGAUGAACAAUGUGGCGGAGUACAUGCUAUACUCGACCAAAGACAAGAACGAAAACGUUGCGCUCGAGGCAUGCGAAUUUUGGUUGACCUUCGCUGAAGACGCCGAUUUAGCCGACCAUCUACAUCCCCUACUCGCCAAAGUUGCCCCUGUUCUACUCGAUUGCAUGGUCUAUGGUGAAGACGAUCUACUCUGGCUGGAAGGUGAUGCUGAGGAUGCAGCAGUCCCCGAUAAGGAAACGGAUAUCAAGCCUCGUCACUAUGGAGGUGGCAAAUCUCACGGACUAGAACGCGAUGCGGACAGAAAUGAGCCUCCCAAGACGUGUAUUGGGGCUUAUGGUGAAGAAACCUUCGAUUCCGAUGAAGAAGACUACUUCGACGAUGAGGAUUUUGUCGAUGAAAUGUCCACUGAAUGGAAUCUGCGAAAAUGUGCUGCAACCACUUUGGAUGUCUUAGCGGUCAGGUUUAGUGGCAACUUGCUCAAUGUCCUGUUGGGCCCAUUGAAGGAUAAAUUAUGGAGCAACGACUGGCUACAGAGGGAGAGUGGGAUUCUCGCGCUAGGCGCCAUGGCCGAGGGUUGCAUUGAGGCUAUGGAACCGCAUCUGCCGACUCUCAUUCCAUAUCUUAUCAGCACGCUAUCGGAUUCCAAACCCCUCAUUCGUUCUAUUACUUGCUGGACCCUUGGCCGCUACGCAAGCUGGACAACCCAGCCCAUAUCCGAGGAGCACAAGAAUGAAUACUUUGUGCCAACGAUGGAGGGCCUUCUCCGAAUGGUCCUUGACAACAACAAACGAGUUCAAGAGGUUGGUUGCAGCGCCUUUGCCACCCUCGAAGAAGAAGCGGGCAUGGAGCUUGCACCUUACCUGGAGCCCGUGCUCCAAAACCUCGUCAUCGCAUUCAACAAAUAUCAGUACAAGAAUAUGCUUAUAUUAUACAAUGCCGUUGGCACCCUUGCUGAUGCAGUGGGUCGGGCGUUACAGAACCCGUGUUAUGUCGAUAUCCUGAUGCCUCCGUUGACCAAGCGUUGGUCGCGAUUGAAGGAUGACGACGAAAAUCUGAUUCCUCUUCUCGAGUGUUUGGCUUCUGUUACAAUUGCCAUCGGAACGGCAUUUUUGCCGUAUGCUCAACCCGUUUUUGAGCGCUGUAAUAACAUCAUCCACAAUGCACUCCUCAAAUACCAGGCCUACCAGGAGAAUCCGGCAUCAGAGGAGCCAGACAACUCGUUCCUCGUUGUUGCUCUCGAUCUUCUCUCCGGGUUGACUCAAGGCAUGGGAAUGGAGCUGCAACCAUUAAUCACAGCCAGCAACCCUCCUCUUCUCGCCCUUCUCACUGUUUGUCUCAAACACCCGCAAGCGCCCGUUCGACAGACUGCUUACGCACUUGUUGGUGACAUGGCAGUGGGCUGUUUUGUUCUCCUCCGCCCCUACAUGGCGGGCAUCAUGGCCGAACUGACUCUUCAACUGGACCCGGAGCCGAAGUACGACUUCAUCAGUGCUUCCAACAACGCGGCCUGGUCGGUUGGUGAAGUCUCGUUGCGAUAUGGAAGGGACGACCCCGAGUUUAAGCAAUGGGUCAACCCGCUCAUCGUCCGGCUAAUUCCUAUUCUACUGCAUCCCAAGGGACCACGAAGCUUACACGAGAACGCCGCCGUUUCCAUUGGACGAAUCGGGUUGACUCAUCCAGACCUUGUUACGCCGCACUUGCCCGAGUUUGCACAAGCCUGGUGUCAAGCAUUGUACAAGAUUCGGGACAACGAGGAGAAGGAUUCUGCAUUCAGAGGUUUCUGUACGCUUGUGCAAUAUAACCCACGAGGGCCAUCGCCAAGAGUCUACUUUGGUUGUGCAACACUAUCGACGCUCUUACAAGGCUUCAAGAACCACGAUGUCGCCGCAUGGCAGGCACGAGUGUCAAUGUUCCCCCAACCGACCCAAGAACGGCUCGCUGCACGUUAUGGCGUCUAA